AUGGCGGCGGCCGCGUCCACUGAAUUUCCAAUGCCCUUGACCAGCCCGGAUCUUCCACCGGUCAAAGGGAAGAAGAAGGGCCGUCCGGCCAUGGUGGGUGCAGGCUGGUCCUCACUCCCAUACGACCUCCUCCGCCAAAUCGCCGGCUCCUUCCUCGCCACCAACGACGUGGACUGCUACGUGGGCUUGCGCGCCGUAUGCCACCACUGGCGCUCUGCCAUCGACGACCCAAAGACCGACGCCUCCGAUUCCCGGUUCCACCCGCGCCGGUGGAUCAUCCUCGACGACGACGAGGUCUCCAAGAGCGACACGCGCCGCCUGCUGGUCAAUACCACCACCGGCCGGUUCCUCCACAAGGAGCUCCCGCUGCUCCGCAACUACUACGUCGUCGCCACCACGCCUUGCGGCUUCUUCGUGCUGGCAGACAGGAGCCCUCCUCGCACUGCCCACCUCUUGAACCCUCUCACCGGCGCCAUGGCGCCGGUGCCGUCCGAGGGGGAGGUCGCCGCCGCCGUUUGGUUUGGCCUGCCUCUGCCACCACCGGCCGGUUCCUCCACAAGCGAGUUAACUAAAGCGCUUGGCAGCAUCGGUGGUUUGAUGAAGGUGCAUCACGUCCAGCCGCCUGGCAAGUUUAUCUCCGGCGAUCCUCUUGUGAGCGGACAUGCAAACGACGGCCGCCGGUGUUUCUUUAUGGAAUUUGCCGGACAGCUGCUCAUCAUCGUCAAGCUAGAGAGACUCAUUAGGGUUCUCAGGUUGGAGGCCACGAGUGACAAGCUUGUGUGUUUGAGAGACAUCAGCAACUAUGCCAUCUUCAUCGGUCAUCAGAGGUGCCUGGCUGUCUGCGCCGAUAAGUUCCCGUCCGUUGAGGCAAACUGCGUCUACUACACCAAACACCAGCGUUCGUCGGCUCGCAUCUGCAAGUAUAGCCUAAAGGACGACAAAACAGAGAUGAUCUCUGAAGCCGAUGAUUUUGUGAAGCAGGGCAGGCAGUUUGCCCUCGUUGCUCAUCGUCCUUUCACCAUCAUCCAACUUCUCUCGAGCUACACCAUCAAUGUCCGGGAUUCUGAACUGGCCUCACAGCAAGCCACAUAA